AUGGAGAAGCACCUGGGCGCUGAUUUUAUUCGCAGAACAAGGCGAAAACCGUUGGCAUGUGUUCCAUGUCGAGUUCGAAAGGUCAAAUGUGACAAGAACGUUCCGUGUGGAAAUUGCGUGGCCAGAGGAAACUCAGGUGAAUGUCAUCGCGAAGUGGUAAUAGUUAAAGGAGUUGUUGCCAAUCAUGAGAGCGAAAAUACUAAUCGAGAAGCAUUUUCGAGCAUCAAAGAGACACUGUUCAGCGGGAAAGAUGUUGACAAUAUCCGUGUUUGUGUGGAGAGGCUCACAUAUGGGUUCAUAAAAGUUGGAAAGUUGUUCAACACUCACUAUCUAAGCAAGAUUAGCUGGCCAGAGUUCCUGGCGAAUUUUGAGAAUUUAAUGACCCGAAUAGAUUACUCAAGCUCGCAUACCUUGUGCUCAUUUGCCUGCUACCAAAUUAACUUCAUACACAAUGCCGUGAUUCCGAGUCUUUUCAUGAAUGAGCAUGAACAGUUCUGGAAUGACCACGUCCAGGGAGAUUCGUCUUGUCUAGUGUACUUUAAUCCUAGUAAGCUCCAGUCGAAGAGCCCCAAGGAUUAUUAUUUUUGGAUGGCCAUGUAUUAUGCAACGAUUUGCAAUGGGAUUUUCUUUGGCUCAAAUGAGCUAGAGGAGAAAUUGAAUUUCACCAAGGAGGAGCUCCAGAACCUCGGGCCGAUGUUUUUUAGGGCUGCCUACGAGUGCCUAUGCCGGGCGCAUUUCAUGGAUUUUCUUGACAUUCGUUCCAUCCAAAUCUUUUGUCUCUUGAGUACGUGCUUCCAUGCUUAUGGGAGCGUAGGGCAAUCGCAAUCACUAUUGGCGCAAUGUUGUGAAAUAUCAAGAAGACUUAAGCUAGAUGACCCAAAUACGACUCUGGAUCCCACAUUUACGUCUGAGGUCAAGAAACGAUUGUGGUAUACCUUGUGCAUUAUUGACUGGCUAGAUCUGUGGGAGAAGCCGUACUCUCAUAUCCCACUUUCCAAGGUGGAAAUGCCACUUCUUAUCACUGAAGAAGCUUUGCUUACCCCGGGACCAUUGUUCGGUGAAAAGAUCUCUCCUCAUGCUUAUAGCAGCGUAUACUACCAGCACGUCAUGGUCGAAAUGGCAAGGAUCAAGAAACUUCUGAAUAGCUCACCUUUGGGGGUGGUUGAAGGGUGGACAAAAGUGAACAAGUUAAGAGACACAACAUUGAAAUUUUACGAGGUUGAUGUACCUCCACUCAAUAACGAACUGCUAAGUUACUACCAUGCAAAAUUUUUGCUUUUCCUGUCACUUACUGAUGAAGUUCAAGACUAUGGGAGGAGAAUAUUGGCUAUCGUUGGGAAAUCCGCAUGGGCAGCCAAGUAUCGAACCAAAUGUGUCCUGGUGGCUCUCGAGAACCUUUCUCGAGCAUCGCUGAGAGUUCCAUCUUAUUAUCGAAAACAUUGGAUUGUCGUCCAGCAUCAUAUUUAUUCUGCGUUAACUGUUCUUUUGGAUAUGAUUAUGUUUCCUCAGAAGGAUUUUUUAAUGAAAGAUAAAGAAAAAUUUGAGCAAGUUGAGCAAUUGUUUCUGAUAUUUGAAGAAUUGCAAUCUCCACAUGUGCCUGCAAAGCUUGGGUUGGCCGUACUUCCGAGAUUGUGCAAUUUGGUCCGCUUCGUAGUGGAAAAGAAAGAUGGUGACGUUCUCGAGGUGAUAUCACUCAAAGACUUUUUUGAUGAUUUGCAAGUCAAUCGCGAUCCUGAAAUAAGCGUUCCAGAUUUAAGCCAUGCUCAAUACUUUCGGCUUUCCGACUGCAAAAUUGAGGUAGAUACGGGUAAAGACUUACUAGACUCUCGAGUAUCUGACAUGAAUUAUGAAAUGGAUGUGCAUCUGAUGCUUGUGGGCAGCGGAUGGUCGGAAAUCCUCCAGAACAUAUUCAAUCAGGAACUUUUUUCGGAACAAUAA